AUGCGUGGAUCGUGUCGAUAUCGACAUUAUCGAGAUGGUCCACGGAACUGUCGCGGAACACCGGCACUAGUUCUGGCUGCAUGGAAAGGUCAUUUGGAAGAAGUAAAGCUACUCUUGGAAUACGGGGCAGAUGUGCAUGAUGCUCCCAAAAAUGGGUUGCAAUUGAACUCUUUGCAAGCUGCGUCGGGCAAUGGAAAUGUUCAGAUCAUGUCCAUAUUGAUCGAAGCGGGCGCAGACAUCAACAGUCCUGCUGUUGGUCGGAGAGGUAAAACUGCCUUGCAAUACGCGGUUAUAAAAAAUAAGACCGCGGCUACACUGUUUUUACUGGAGCUCGGUGCAGAUGUUAACGCCCGAGUAGCUGAAAAAGGCGGAAUGACUGCCCUGCAAGCGGCAGUACUUUGCCAAAAUGAAGAUAUGGUUGAGACUCUCCUGGUUUUGGGGGCAGACAUAAAUGGGCAAGCUUCUGACGGAGGGUACUCCGCCUUAUCCACUGCCAUUCUUUCAAACUCCAUUCCGCUCUUCUGGCGCUUGAUCGAAGCAAGUGCAAGUGUGGCCUACGCCGACUGGGAAGACGGUGAUGCUUUCAACAUGCCGCUCCUGGUCGCGUCAAGGAAAGGUUCCCUUGAAUUUAUUCAACUCCUACUUGAUCUCGGAAUUGACAUCAAUGCUUUGUCGAGAUCAGGAAGGACGCUUGGAGAGUUGGCGCUGCUGGAAGCGGCGGUGCAUCAUCAGGAAAAAGCAAUGCUUUUCCUCCUGAAGCACAGCGAUUUCAUUGACCGAUCUAUACUUACAAAGGCUCUAGAAUACGUCGACCUCAUCAUCCCGGACACCCAAUGUGGGGUCCUUGUACAAGCACUUGUUGAUCGAGGAGCGGACAUCAACGCAGGAUGGGUAGGAGAGGACCAUUCCAUUCUGCAGAAAGCAUGUCGAAAAGGAGUCAUGGAGCUGGUUCGAUAUCUUGUACAGAAUGGGGCAGACAUCAACUUCCCUCCGCCGGCACGUGAUGGGCUAACAGCCCUUCAAGCAGCCGUAUUCAUAGGGGACCUAGAGAUGGUCGACUUCUUGCUCCAGCAUGGCGCAGAUGUCAAUGGUGCUGCUUCACAUUAUGGCGGCGUCACGGCCGUCCAAGUAGCUGCAGUACUCGGAUAUGUCAGGAUAGCCCAAAUGCUCAUAGCCGCCGGAGCGGAUAUUGCAGCACCCGCGUCGUGCAGAGGGACACGAGCCCUUGAUAGUGCGGCUAGGAAUGGGCGUUUCGAUAUGGUCAAACUCCUGCUAGAUAACUAUCAACUCAAGGGCGGCGAGUCAUUCUCAGAUGUCUGCAAGGGGCCAAUCCGAAUCGCCCGGAAGGAAUGUCAUUGGGCCAUUGUGGCCCUCUUGGAAAAUUACCAGCGAGAUCCCGAUUUAGGAGGGCGAUGA